ACACUCCCAUUGCUUCUAUUUAGUCUCCCUCCUCUCUACUUCUCUUCAUUCACCUGCAAAAAUGUCUCUAACUCACUUCUCCCUCUUGCUCUCCUUUUUUCUCUCAUUUUCCCUCCCUCUUCUCUCCGCCACCCCUUACCUCUCACCCACCACACUUUUCCCAAAUUACCAAAACAUGCUCAAAUCUUUCAAAAUUUUCACUUACUCCCCUCCCCGACCACUAAUCUUCUCCACAACACCCGAGUCCCUCUUCUUCUCUUCUCUCCUCGAAAGCCCCUUCAUCACUAAAGACCCAGAACAAGCCCACCUCUUCUUCGUCCCCUUCUCAUCCCAUACCUCCACGCGUUCCCUUGGCCGAGUCAUCGCUGGCCUCCGAAACGACUUCCCGUUUUGGAAUCGCACUCUUGGCGCCGACCAUUUUUAUAUCUCGUGUGAAGGUUUGGGCUUUAACUCGAACAGAAACGUCCUCGAGUUGAAGAAAAACUCGGUUCAGAUCUCGUGUUUUCCGACAUCACGAACCGAGUUUGUCCCACAAAAGGAUAUCACCUUGCCCCCACUCGCGGAUCCUCAUGCGUCAAACGGGCCAACCAACAAGACAAAACGGCAUCUGGGCUUUGUUAGAUUCGGCGCGGUUAAGGAGUCAAGUUUGCUCAGUGAACUAAGGGAUGAUCCUGACUUUUUGGUGGAAUCUGGACCGUCCGAUGAGCUGACUUUUGAGGAGAUGUUAGAACAUAGUAAGUUUUGUUUGUUCGAGUACGGGGAGGGGGAUGUUUCCGGGAUUAGUGAUGCGGUGCGUUUCGGAUGCGUGCCUGUGGUGAUUACUGACCGUCCGAUUCAAGAUCUGCCGCUGUUGGACGUGCUGAGGUGGCAAGAGAUCGCAGUUUUUGUUGGGUGGAAUAAAGGUAAAGAUGGGGUCAAGGUCAACUCACUGAAGAGGGUGUUGCAUCGCACGUGUGGGGAUGAGAAGUACGAGGAGGUCAGACGAUUGUGUGUGACGGCGGGUCUGCACUUUGUAUGGAAUGAGGAACCGCAGCCGUACGAUGCUUUUCAUAUGGUGAUAUAUCAGCUGUGGCUGAGACGCCACACCAUUAGAUACGCGCGUAGGGAAGUGGCAUAAAGAAUAUCUGUCUUAUUGUUUAUUUUUUUGUUGACUAUUUGACUUUGUGUAAGAACCAAAUGGUAUCUACUGUUUUUAGAAGUAAUUUUGUUCUUGAAAAU